AUGGCCACCGAAUCCGUUCCAACAGUGGGCGCUCUCGAAUCCGACAAUAAAGUGGCCGCACUGGAGCGCGCCAAACAGCAUGGCUGGGCCGAGCCAAUCCCAUACAACUACAGCACCGCAGAGCAAUCCAUCGGCAACGCAGGCCCCGAACCAGUUUGGCUCUCAGACUCAGCCAAAUACGAGUGGACCGACGAGUUCGGCGAUGUCGGCCCCGCCAAUGCCUCCCUGGAAGCGGAACUCUACCACGGAGAAUUCAUCAUGAAGGAGGGCAUCAAUGUCCAAGCGUACAAGUUCGACGUGGAUGUCAACGGUCCCCAGAAGAUCCACCCUGUGCGCGAUUUCGACGACGCUGGUCUCCAUCCUGUGAUGCGCGAGAACGUUCGUCUCUGUCAAUACAAUACUCCUACUCCAAUUCAGUGCUACUGCAUUCCUGCUGUUCUUCAAGGCUAUGAUGUCGUCGGCUGCGCCCAGACCGGAUCCGGAAAGACUGCUGCUUAUCUGAUUCCGAUCCUUUCCAAGCUCAUGGGCAAAGCGCGACAGCUUGCUGCUCCUCGUCCCAACCCUACUACCUACAACCCACUCACCGAUCGCGUUCGUGCUGAGCCCUUGGUCCUGAUCGUCUGCCCCACUCGCGAGCUGGCCUGUCAAAUCUUCGAUGAAGCUCGUCGUCUGUGCUAUCGCACUAUGUUGCGUCCCUGCGUUGCUUACGGUGGUGCGCCAUCUAAGAACCAGCGAGAGGAGCUUGAGAAGGGCUGCGACGUCCUGGUCGCUACCCCAGGCCGCCUUUGCGACUUCAUGAAGCAAAACAAACUCCUUUCUCUAGCUCGCUUGAAGUUCACUGUUAUCGAUGAAGCCGACGAGAUGCUUCAGGACGACUGGGAGGAGAACAUGAGCUUGAUCCUCGGUGGUGACUCUAACGAAGACGCGGACCACAUGUACUUGCUGUUCUCUGCUACGUUCCCGAAGCAAGCCCGUGAGCUCGCCAAGAAUUAUAUGUCCGACGAAUACGUUCGCAUCAAGGUCGGCCGCGUUGGCAGCACGCACACCAACAUCAAGCAGAACGUUGUUUUCGUUGAAGACGCCGCCAAGAAGCAAGCUCUUCAUGACCUGGUCUACUCUAUGCCUCCUGGCCGUACCCUGAUUUUUGUCAACAACAAGCGCGAGGCGGACUUGCUCGACGACUACUUGUACAACAUGGGUCUCCCGUCCACCUCGAUUCACUCGGAUCGCACCCAGCGCGAGCGUGAGGAUGCAUUGCGCGCCUUCAAGAUCGGCACUGCUCCAAUCCUUGUGGCUACAGGUGUCACGGCUCGUGGGCUUGACGUCAGCCAUGUGAAGCACGUCAUCAACUACGACCUCCCUAGCUCUACCCAUGGCGGAAUCCACGAGUACAUCCAUCGCAUCGGCCGCACCGCUCGCAUUGGCCACGAGGGUAUCGCUACAUCCUUCUACAACUCUCGCAACGAGGACAUUGGCCCAGAUCUCGUCAAGAUUCUCAUCGAGUCCAAGCAGGAGGUCCCCGACUUUCUACAGGAGUACGUCCCCGAGACGGUCACCUGGGAGGAGGACGACUCCGAGGAAGAGAAUGCAGGUUCUGAUGGCGGUGCCGGCACUACUCCAGUUGCCGAAGAGACGGGAUUCAAUGCUGAUGAACCUGCUGGCGAGGCCACGGAGCCCUCUGGUGGCUGGUAG